GAAGAGAAAGGAACAAAAAGAGGCAUUCUCCAUCUUCAUCAUCCUCACCCUCGGCCUCACUCAGGAAGCUUUUCAAAUCUGAAGUAGUUGGGGCAAAACGUAAGUGCAAGAGUUUAUAUGCUUUUUUAACUGAAGGGUUUUUGGGUUGCUGUUUCAUUGAUGUGGGAGAGAAACUAAACUUCGUAUCGGAAUCAAGCUCUUUCUAGUAUGGCUAUUUGCAGUUAUCGACGUUUUCAUUUUUAGGUUAAGGUCACUACCUGGGCUUGUGCUAGAACUAUGCCUCGAAAAGUUAACUAUGGACUUGAUUAUGAUGAUGAUUAUGAUGAUAACUACGACGAAUAUUACAGAUAUGAAGUAGAUGAAAAUGGGAGCAAACUGGUUGACAGCUCUUAUGCAUGUAUCUUUCUGCUUACCAACUGAAUGCUAUCUAUUUCAUAAAACAGCAGAAACACCUUCCCAAAAAGAAACAAUCAAACACAGUGUGUGGCGUUGCUCCAUUUGUACAUAUGAUAAUGAUGAAACCAUGUCAUCAUGUGAUAUUUGUGGGGUUCUUCAUGGUCCUUUACUCAAUAACUCCAUCUAUGAUAAGAAGAGAACAGCCAAUAUUUUUGACUUAAAAUCUUCCAGAGUUUCCUCGACUGUGGUUGGGAGGGAUGAAGCUGUUAAAGUAAGUUCUAUGAGAUCAGAUAGUUCAAAUCUGUCAACAGAAAAAGGCAAGCACAAUAGAUUAGAUGAGAUUAAUAUUUUGAAGAAUAUAGAAGUUGGUCCACCAGCAGGUUCCAGAACUUCAGAUAACUGUUCUGCUUCAGUGCCAGAGGGUUGGCUUGAUCAUAUGGAUGAAAGCAGUGUUGCAGUUAAUCUGCGAUCUAGUGUGAAAAGGUCAUUGUCAUUGAUGCCAAAAGAAAGAAAUGUUAUGGUGGAUGAUAGCAGCUCUUCAAGGAAUGGAGGUGAGGCAAAUAGUCUCACCAGUAAUCUGGAAAAUAUUUCUUUUGCUGCUAAAUCCGGGCACUCCAAUGAUGCAAACCCUGGAAGAGCAAAUUCACGUGCACAGUAUAAACCUGAAAAGUGGAUGCUCCCUGAAAAAGCAGAACAUUCACUGACUCAACUAAAUCUUGCAAUUGUUGGGCAUGUUGAUUCUGGAAAAUCGACGCUCUCUGGAAGACUGCUUCACCUUUUGGGAAGAAUAUCCCAAAAAGAAAUGCACAAAUAUGAAAAGGAGGCCAAAUUACAGGGAAAAGGAUCCUUUGCUUAUGCUUGGGCAUUGGAUGAAAGUGCUGAAGAAAGAGAAAGGGGAAUUACUAUGACUGUGGCUGUGGCUUAUUUUGAUUCAAAAAGAUAUCAUGUUGUUGUCCUUGACUCCCCAGGGCACAAAGAUUUUGUUCCAAACAUGAUAACUGGGGCAACACAAGCUGAUGCUUCAAUUCUUGUAAUAGAUGCUUCUAUUGGUUCAUUUGAAGCUGGUAUGGAUGGCACCAAGGGACAGACUAGGGAGCAUGCACAACUCAUCCGAAGUUUUGGCGUUGAUCAACUUAUAGUUGCUGUUAACAAAAUGGAUGCUGUAGAUUAUUCUAAGGAAAGGUUUGAUUUGAUAAUAUCACAGCUUGGGACAUUUCUCCGUUCUUGUGGCUUUAAGGAUUCCUCUGUCUCUUGGAUUCCAUUGAGUGCUGUUGAAAACCAGAACUUAGUGUCUGCACCUUCGAACUUUCGACUAUCCUGGUAUCAUGGACCCAAUCUGUUAGACGCGAUUGAUUCCUUCCAACCUCCUACUAGGGAGUUUUCAAAGCCUCUAAUUAUGCCUAUAUGUGAUGUUAUAAAGUCACCUUCACAGGGGCAGGUGUCUGCAUGUGGCAAGUUGGAGGCUGGAGCUGUAAGAAGCGGAUCAAAGGUUUUAGUUAUGCCAUCUGCAACUAUAGCAACCGUGCGUUCCUUGGAGCGUGAUUCCCAAGCUUGCCCAAUUGGAAGGGCUGGAGAUAAUAUAGCUGUCAGCCUGAAUGGAAUAGACGGAAACCAUGUGAUGGCUGGCGGUGUGUUAUGUCAUCCUGAUUUUCCAAUUGCAUUUGCAAAACAUUUGGAGUUGAAGGUGCUUGUUUUGGAUGGUGCAACUCCAAUUUUAAUUGGUUCUCAGUUGGAGUUUCACAUACACCAUGCAAAGGAGGCUGCAAGAGUUGCAAGGAUAUCAUCUUUACUUGAUUCAAAGACUGGGAAAGUUGCGAAGAAAGCACCCCGCUGCAUUCUUGCUAAGCAGAGUGCAGUUGUUGAGGUGAUUUUGCAGGAAGCGAUUUGCGUGGAAGAGUUUUCGAAAUGCAAAGUCCUUGGAAGGGUGUUUCUUAGGACAUUAGGAAGAACGGUUGCUGUGGGCAUCGUGACCCGAAUAGUGGAGCAGUAAUAGUUGCCAAAGUGUGGUCAAAGACUCAUACACACUUAAAACACAUACUUGGGCAGCUUUUAAAAGCACCAACUUUGUUAGAGAGGAGUUCCUGUAGUAUUCAAGAUCAAUGUGAACAAUGGAGAGAUUUCCUUUUAUGCGGCUAAUCUAAUACCUACCUAUUCCAUGUCUGACCAAAUAAUUUAAUGUGAUUUGAUUCUUUACAUAUAAAUUAGGACAAGGACUUGGAAGAAACGUGUGAAAAAUGUGCUGUACGUCUUGGCUUAUAUCUCCUUGCAAGAAAUAGAACCAAAUAAUUCUAA